UGUUGCGAGAAGUUUAUUUUUGUUAUCUUGUUUUUAGAUAAGCAGAAGUAAAAAUGGGUGGAAGUGAUUUAGUACUAUCCAACGCCACUUCGGUUGAGAUAGCGUUUGAAUCUGGAAUAUUUUUUUCCACUUUAUCCAUAGCAACUUUCACAUUAACGGCCAUAUUACUUUUCUUCUACUCACAAGAUGAUAAAAAUUCUCUCGGAACUCCAACAAAUUUAGGUAUUUUGUUCUUUGGUUGUUUGACCACGUUAAUUGCUGACAUUAUCGUUCAUAACAUUGGUCAACCGCUGUGCUAUAAUACAUACAUGUUCAUAAAAAUCACUGGCUUUGGAAUUUUAAUUAUGUUAAUUGCACCGAGACACUUAUUUACGAGGCCAGUCAUGCCCGAAGAUGAACCAAUCGGUGCUCAUCAUAAAAGUGUCAGUUUUAUCAUAUGGGUUAUCACAAUACCCUUGGUCACACUAGAAAUUGCAGCUACAGUUGUGAUGUCGUUACCAGCUGUAAAUAUCUUUUCUGUUUUUCUAAAUACGGUGGCUAUACUUCAAAAGCUUAUACAAGCUGGGGUUUAUCAUUUCAGUCUACGUCAUCAGGUGCCUAUUGCAAAUAAAAAGUGCGGAGCGUCGUGGUUCUUUAAAAUUAUGGCUUUAUUCAAUUUCUCCAUGUGGAUGCAGUCCAUAAUAGAAGCUGAAAAAGACUUCGAAGUACCGCUUAAAGAAAAAUUUUUUCUUGAUAUUUUAACCGUCAUUGGAUCAACGUAUUCAGCUUUAAUGAUCGAUUACCGGUUACUUUGCUGUUUGUUGUUUUUGGAGCACGCCUAUGAAAUUGAUUACGUAGAUUGUCAUGAACACACCAAGUUGACACAAAACGCUAGAGACAGUGCUAGCUCUUAUACUAAUCUGCCAGACGAAAGCGUUAGUUUUUAUACUCGAACGAAGCGAAUGAACAGAUACGGCUACCUGGUGGGCACUCUGAUUCUGCUAUCUCAGUUUCUUAAUGCUUUGGAGUAUAUCCAUUAUGUUGGACCAUGGGUGAACAUCUUUGGUGUUUUUGGAGAACUUUCGGUUUUAAUACUUGGAUAUAUGUUAAUCAAACAGAUACGUCCAGGUUCAAAGUCCAAAAGUGCUUGGCGGGAAACAAAUUCUAAGGGAGUAGAUUUGAUGGUAGCAAUGAUGGGCGUUACUGGACUGGCGUUUUGGUUGUUGAAAUCAGUCUUAAUCACAAUAUGGACAACGCGUACAACGGACGACAGCAAUCUCAUUGCUGAGCUACCAUCUUUAAAAUGGCUGGCGUCAAAGGCUUAUCUUCGUUCCUUCGGAUGUGUUUUUCAAAUAUAUUUAUACAUACGUGUUGAUUUAUCAUUGGGCUACCAGCCAUCAAUCCGAUACAAUAAAUUCAAUCAUUUUUUAUUGCCGUGUUUAAUGUUGUCAUUUUUGUCCGUGUUUACAAAUUCAGUGAUUGACAGCUACCACGCCGUUAUCAAGAAAUUCGUUCACGAAUCAAGCAUGCAUAUAGUUCUGUACGCAUUCUACGAAGCGGGAAUUCCGAUUCAUCUCGGAUUCGUCUUGCAUUUGUUUAUCCAUUAUCUAUUGAUCAACAAUAAAAUGAGAGAUGUUUUGGCAGCGAGUGAAAAGCGAUACAGAGUGGAUAGUAUUUUAGCUAAAACUCCCGAAGAGAAAGACAAUUUGACGUACCAAAAUGACGAGGAAAGGGACACUAAUGAUGAUGACGAUGACAGGCUGACAAGUUUACUUGGAGAAGGAAAAAAGUUUCGUUCCAUUUAACGCAUGAUAAGAAGCAACUUCGUUUCCAGCGCCUUUUGCAAAGGGCUGAUUCAUCACAAAACCUUUUGAUGUUGACACAGUGUUUUUCACAAAUCUCUUUGACUUUCAAGUAUUUCUUAAGCGACUUGAUAAUGCUUUCUUGAUGUUUUUUAUACACACUCUGCCGCUGUUAGUUUAAAAAAAAUUUGUCUUUUUUGCUUCAUAA